AUGAAGCUCACGCAGCAGUACUCGCUGGUGCCACAGCAGCAGCAGCAGCCGCAGCAGCCGCUGCAGCAGCCGCUGCAGCAGCCGCUGCAGCAGCCGCAGCAACAGGCCACCCAACACUGGCCUGAGACUCCGGAGGCCCAGCUGCAGCAGCAAAUGCAGCAGCAGCUGCAGCAGCAGCUGCAGCAGCUGCCUGUUCAGCCGCAGGAGAUGAAUGGCGGUCAGCUGACGUUCCCUUUGCAGGGACAAGUGCGGGAUCUGGCGCAGCUAACGACUACACCAGCAGCAGCUGCAGCAGCUGCAGCAGCUGCUGCAGCUGCUGCUGCUGCUCCAGCACCGCUUGCGCCCAGCACUACACAGCAGCUGCUUGCUCAGCAGCAACAACAGCAGCAUCAGAUCUUUGCACAGCGUGGAUUGCUGCAGCACUUGCAGCAGCAGCAGCUGCAGAAGCAGCAACUGCAGCCCCAACUGCCGGUGGGGAUGAUGAAGGCGCCACAGUUGAUGCAGCAGCAGCAGCACGUGCGGCAGCAGCGGCUGCAGCUUCAGCAGCUGCAGCAGCUGCAGCAGCAACAGCUGCAGCAGCAGCAGCUGCAGCUUCUGCGCACCCCUGAAUCUCCUGGCUUGUACAGCGCUUUCUGCCGUCUGCUGCAUCAGCUGUCUCUCCACCGGCUAUCGCUACGUGAUGCACGUGUGCGAGUGCUGCUGGUUGUACUGCGAUGGCUGCAGCAGCAGCAGCAGCAGCAGAUAGACCCCUCACGUCUCUUUACGGGGGAUCAACUCGACCGGCUGGUGCGGCAGACCCGCGCCUACAUGCGGCUGCUGCUGCAGCAGCAGCCGUUGCAGGAGGAGGAGCUGCUGCAGCUAGGGAUAUCACCUGCUUUGGGUUUCAAGCCCAACCGCGAAUUCAUUGCUGCUGUUGCUGCAGCAGCAGAAGGCGCAGCAAGCUACAAACCACCGAUGCCGAAAGAGCAGCAGCAGCAGCAGCGACCCCGAAGCCACCAGCUGUUCGUGCAGCUCUAUGAGGAGCAACUGCAGCAGCAGCAGCAGCGGGCGGUAGACGCUCUCGAGCAGCAGGCGCAAAAGUAUGACGAACUCGCGCGCCUGCGGCUGGAGAAAGAAGAGCAGCAGCAGCAGCAAGAGGAGCACCAGCAGCAGGAGGAGCAGCAGCAGCAAGACGAACACCAACAGCAAGAAGAAAAGCAACAGCAACUGCAGCAGGAGGAACAGCAGCAGCAGCAGGACCAGCAGCACCAAACAGCCUCUAUGAAGGACACCCUGCAGCAAGAUGAGCCACCGCAGCCCGAUACUGCUGCAGACACUGCUACCGGCUUACAACGACAGCAGCAACAGGAGCAGCAGCAACAGGAACAGCAGCAGCAGCAGCAGCUGGAGCCAGCAAUCCGCCCAGACGACGACGAUGCCAAGAGGGAGGACGCCUCUGCCGCUGCUGGAGGUCCCCACAGCAGCAGCAGUAGCAGCAGCAGCAGGAGCGGGGAAGAAGUGGAAGCAGCAGCAGCAGGAGCGGCAGGUGCAGCAGGAGCAGCACGUAGCGCCGAUGCAGAAGCAGCAGCAUCAGCUACCGAUGCUACUACUUCUGGAGAGGAGAGCGAAUCUGAAUGCUCUUCUUGUUCUUCUGCUGCAGAAGAGUGGUGGGGGGUGGGGGGUCUGGAGCGCCCAGCAGACGACGGCAGCAGCAGCAGUAUGCAGGAGCGGGCGCGUCUGAGCCGGUUGCAGCGGCGGCUGCUGCUGCUGGCUCCCUUUCAAAAGCAAAUAAGAGAAGAAGUGAUGCUGCAGCGAAUAACCGAAGCACCAGGACAGCUUCCUCCGCUGCAGUCGCUUCCUAUACGGCUGGCGCGGAAGCACAGGGCCUUGCGGCUGCUGCGGGAGAGGGGAGACAGAUUGACAGCAGCGCGACAGCAGCAGCAGCAGCAACGGCAGCAAGUGCUGCAGCAGCUCCUUGAUAGCCACAGACGCACCUUCCUGCAGCAGCACCGCGACAUGCUGCGGCAGCUACGCAGAGUUGCUGCUGCUGUCAAGAGAAAGAAAGCUGCUGCUGCAGACGGAACAGAAGGGCCCUCAACUUGCGACCACCCGCUGCACCCCACAGAUUGCGGUUGUCCUGGAGCUGCUGCUGUUGCAGCACAAAUGAGAAAAGAGAGGCUCGAUAUGUUGAGGAAGCACGACGAAGCGGGUUACCUGAAGCUGCUACAAGAAACAAAGAACGAGAGGCUGCUGCAGCUGGUGCGGCAGACAGAGAGAUAUAUGCAGCAGAUAGGAAGCCUUGUUGUGGAGCAGCGGGAGCGAGAAGGAAUCACAGUCCCGUCUACUGAGGAGGAAGCAGACGGUGCUGCGGAGGAGGCUUCUGGCUCGCUCUCUUCUUCCUUUUUGUUUUCGAAAGAAAGAUAUUAUCGCAUUACUCACAGCCAACGGGAGAGAGUUACGGAGUUGCCUUCCUGCCUUAAGGGGGGGACCCUCCGGCCGUACCAAAUGGAGGGUCUCAACUGGCUCGUCUCGCUGCACAACAAUGGCCUCAAUGGAAUACUCGUGCGUAAGGCACUCCGAAGCAGAAUUGUUUCAGGCGUUCGUGUUGAUAGUAGCGGGCCCGAGGCGCAGCGUUUCUGGGAGCCGCUUUUUGAUGUUUUGUUGACUACGGAUGCCUUUGUCUUGCGCGAUAAAAGCUUCCUUAAAAAAAUACAAUGGGAAUACCUCAUUGUAGAUGAGGCCCACAGGCUGAAGAACCCCAGCAGCAAGUUGGUGCAGACGCUGAACGCCGGUUUCUCUAUUCGCAGACGCAUCGCGCUGACAGGGACUCCGCUGCAGAACGACAUCGUGGAGGUUUGGGCGUUAUUAAAUUUUUUGAUGCCUUCAAUAUUUAAUGCGAAGUUAAAUUUCGAGCAGUGGCUGAAUGUUCCCUUAGGAACUUCUUCAUCUUCUUUAGGGGCUUUGCAGGGGGGUGCAGCAGCAGCAGCAGCAGCAGAGGAAUCCGGCCAUACCCUAACCGUUACAGAAGAAGAAAAACUACUCAUCGUCCUUCGGCCGUUCUUGCUGCGGCGUGAGAAAGCAGAAGUAGCAAAUGAGUUACCGUCAAAACAAGAAGAAAUUGUUUGGUGUCCUCUUUCUGGUGUACAGAGGAUUCUCUAUCGCAUUAUCGAAGAGAGUCCUAUGGGCCACAACCGCAUGGUGCAACUUCGCAAAGUCUGCAACCAUCCCUUUCUCUUUUGCUUUAGCUCCUUUACUCGCCUUGGGGUGAACCUGCAGUCUGCAGACACCGUCAUCAUCUUUGACUCGGAUUGGAACCCCCAAAACGAUGAACAGGCACAGUCAAGGGCUCACCGUAUUGGGCAGAAGCGCGAAGUGCUGACGAUUCGCUUUGUUACUCCGUCUUCAAUUGAAGAGCAGAUUUUGCAUUCAGCGGAGUUAAAGUUAGAUAAAGAUGCCCUCGUUAUUAAAAGCGGCAUGUAUAAUGGCGAACUACAAGAUAGAGAGACAGAGAGACAAGAACAGGUGCGUGAGAUCUUGCGUCGCCGGAAGCAGCUGGAGGCGAACUGGAGUCGGCCGUUUGACUUUGGUAUUUUAAAAAGUCAGCUCGCGCGAAAUCCAAAGGAAGCCACUCUAUUCGAUGCACUUCAAAAAAUCAGACAGCUGCUGCAUCUCCCUGGCCUCAUUUAUGGCGAAGCAAUUCCUCCGUGUCUGUUCAAGUGGUCUAAGACAGUAGAACGCUCACAGACGCAGCUGGUGGCGAACACUGCAGCAGCAGCACACCUUUGGAAGUGCGGCUACGCACUGUCAGAUUUCUGGUCGAUACAACGCAAAAAGAAAAUACCUCAGCUGCUGCCGGUGCCGCUGCAGUUUGUAGGCAGCAGCACCACGACACAACCUCCUGCUGCUGCUGCCGCUGCUCCAGCUGCUGCUCCUGCUGGAACUGCUCCUGCGGCGGCAACGCAUGCGCCGCAGACGCAGACAGCAGGAACCGCUGCAGCAGCUGCUGCUGGUCUUCCUGGCGGUGCGGCAGCAGCAGCACAUGAGGCAGUAUCAACAGCAGCGCCGUCGCUAGCAGCAGCAGCAACGGGAGAAACAGCCUUGCCUGCUACUUCUGCUGCUGCUCCUCCUGCUGCAGCAGCUGCGGACAUGACGGUGCAGGGAGAAAGCGCCAGUUUGCCUUUCUCUCAGCAGCAGCAGCAGCAGCAGCAGGAAGUCCUGCAGCAGCAACAGCCGGAAGUGCAACAAGAACAGCAGCCUCAGGCGGAAGCUGCGGCUUCAUCUGCUGGCGGCAGUGCUGCAGUUCCAGCAGCAGAGGCAGCAGCUGCAACAGCAGCAGCAGGAGCAGGGGAGGCGGCAGCAGCAACCCUUGUUGGAUCUCCCACAGCAGCAGCGCCUGCUGCUGCUGCACCGGACGCUGCAGCUGAGUUCAAAGUAGGGACUGGGGUGGGAGUUUCAAUUCCAUCCACUACUACUGCUGCUGCUGCUGCUGCGGAUACACCCGGAGCUUCGCAGGCAGCUGACGGUACACCCGCGGGCCCAUUGGAGGCUGCUGCACCUACAGCAGCAGCAGCAGGAGCAGCAUCAGCGGACGCCGCAGCAGCAGGAGCAGCAGAAAUGAUAGCAGGAGCUGCUGUGCAAGCCUCCACUUUGCCCGGUGCAGAUGCAGCACCAGCAGAGACGACAACAGCAACAGCAGCAGCAACAGCAGCAGCAGCAACAGGAUGGGAUCGUGUGCCGCCCAGUGGUACGACUCCGCUGACGGAGAGUGCCGUUGCUUCGCUUGAAGCUGUUUCCUCAGCAGGAGACGCUGCUGCUGCUGCAACAGCAGCAGCACCAGGAGGAGCAGCAGCAGCAUCUGCGUCAGACCCAUCAGCAGCAUCAGACCCAUCAGCAGUAGCAGAGGCAGCAGCAACAGCAGCAGCUACGAGUUCAACUGGAGGGUCGGCUUUACGAGAUGGCGGCAGCACGGUGUCUUCAUCGGGUGUUGCUGCAGCUAGUGCUGCUGCUGCAUCAUCUGGUGCAGCAACAACAGCAGCAACAGGAAGUUGCGGGCGUGUGGUUCCCGGCGGCAGCGAAGGAGGGGAAGACAUAUGGGGGUGUGGGGGAGCAGCAGCAGCAGCAGACAGCGCAGGUGCUGCUGCUGCAUGCGCAGCAAACCCAACCCAGUGGAGGACGCUAUUAAACCGAGCUAUUGCAGAGGCAUUAACGGAGGCGCUUGAAGACAAACGAUUUUCUGCAUUUGUUGAGCUCCCUAACCCAGCUGUUUAUAAGGAUUAUUUCGAGCGCGUCGCUAAACCCGUCUGUCUGCUGCAAAUUCGGCGGUUUGCAGACAAAAGCGAAUUCACCUCCCUCAACAAGCUGGAGAAGUAUUUGACACGCCUGGUGGAGAAUGCGAGGGCUUACAACGGGCAAGAGAGCCCCCUCUUCCUUAGGGCGUUGGAGUGUAUGGGUUUUGUGCUGAUGAGGAGCCGAGUGAAGGCGUGCAUUUACUUCCACUGCAUGCACAGCGCAGCUCAAGGCGAGAGAAUUCAGAAAUUCUUCGCUGCAUUUAAAAGCUGCUGGGACCCAACGCCCACUGCACCCCAAACAGGGGAAGGUGUGGGGUUAGAGGGGGAGAGCUUAGGCGUGGAGUUGAUGGAGGGAGAAGGUGAAGAAGACGACGGCUCUGCUGUCUCUACAAGCAGCGCUGCUUCAAACAGCCGCAGCGCUGCUUCUUCUUAUUCAUGCUCGAUACGCAGCAAACAACACCCUCUCUCUGCUAACAGGCUCUUUUCUGCUGCUCCUGCUGCUCCUGUUCCUGCUUCUCCUGCUGUUGUUGCUGCUGCUGGGCAGCAGCAGCAACACUUCCAACAGCCGCUGCACCAACAGCAGCAAAUGCUGCUGCAUACAACAGGAGCACCCGCAGCAUCCGCAGCAUUUGAUGCUUCUUCUGCACCUAGGAAGGCUCUGAUGCGCCUCCCUUCAAGGCCUUCUGCUGCUGCUGCUGCUGCAGCUGCACCAGAAACAGCAGCACCAACAGCAGCAGCAGCAGGCUCGCGAAGCAGCAAGAAGCAGCCGUACAUGCCGAGCUACUUGGGGUAUAUCCCUGAUGGCAUUGAAUUGCCUCUUCCUCAUACAAAGAGAGCAUCGCAGCAGCAGCAGGAACUGCAGCAGCAGCAGCAGCUGCUGCUGCAACCGCAAACCAAAAGGCAGCGUAGGGCCGCAGCGCGAGAGGCCGAGGCUGCUGCUGCUGCUGCUGCUGCUCACCAGCCGUAUGCUGCUGCAGCUGUAGGCAGCCGUUUGCAAGCCGCGCCACUGCAUGCGCCCGUUGGUGUUUAUGAGGGGAGCGAUGCUGCUACUUUCGAGGGAUCGUUGCUGCAGCAGCAGCAGCUCCAGCAGCAGCAGCAGCUGCAGCAGUUGCAGCAGCUGCAGCAGCAGCCUUUUGCUGCUGCAGCUGGCAGUGAGGGCGUCGAUCAGCGCCCGCAGCGACGCGAGAAGAAAGUGAAAUCCUCCAAGCCAAAAAAGAAGGCAAGAGAGGGUUCAAUGCACCCCACAGAACUGCAGCAGCAGCAGCAGAUGAUGCAGCAGCAGCAGCAGCUGCAGAUGCUGCAGCAGCAGCAGCAGCUGAUGCACCAUCAAACAGGCUCCGCACCAUCUUCGCUUCCGCAGCAAAUUGGCGAGGGAAAUGCGCAGAGGCCUCACGGGCUGAAGCCCCUUCGAAUUCGCCUUUCUUUUGGUAUGCAGCAGCAGCAGCAGCAGCAGCAGCAGCAGCUGCAUGCAGCACCAAACCAGGAUCAGCUGCCCCUCCAGCAUACGCAGCCGCUCUACGGCUCGGGGGGGCCGCACGACC